ACCACAUGCUGCUUGUUGCAAGUAUACAGUGUACAUUUAUAUAGCCAACACCUUGCCCCGUGGUAGCAAGAGGCUUCCCGAUGCCUCGCAGCCAUUUCCAAACACCCUUUUCGGCCCGCAUAAGCGCAGCGUUAGUCAAAGCAGCAGGCACACUGCCACAUAUGACUGCCAAAUGAACAGUCAAGCCCGUGCCGGUGCGGUGAAGUCGGACAUUAGACACCGGUACUAGGAAUGGAGCCGUGGAGCUUUGGUGGUGAGGUCGCUGGCGCUCCGGAGGCAGCAGUACACGUGCAGCAUCUCCGCCAACUCUUCCGGCAGGGCCGUACAGCUGCAGCUACCACCUUCGGUCCCUCCAGCAUCAGCGGUAGGGUAACCGUUGCCCAUUUCCAGGAAGGCCUUUCACAACAGCAGCUCACGGGGAGUUCAACCGCCGGUGCUCACGUCCACGACCCCACGACCAACCUCCUAGCUUCAAAGGCUUCUGCUUUCCAUUCCACCUUCUCUACCCAGCCAGUCAGCCAAAGUUAUGGCACCACCACUGCCACAGUCUUGGGCGUCCCAUUGCGGAACACGAACGAUGGAAGCCUCGGCCUUCGUAGCGUUGGUGGAGGCAUUGACAACAGGGGUUCUGGCAGCGGUAAUUGGGGCCUCAUUGGCAACAGCAGCAGCAGCAGUAGCAUCACAGCUGCCGGGACACAGGAGAGGGGCAACUACAGCGAUGCAGCCGCAGCAAUUACACGCCAGGUAGAAGAACUGAGGAAGCAGUGGCAUGAAGACCAGCAGCGGCAGCAGCUCUUCAACUGGCAACAGCAAGAACAACAGCACCAGUAUCAGCUCCAACAACAAGAGGAGCAGCGGCAGCUUCCUCGCCAGCAGCAGCGGGACGCGGGUCGGUACGGCGACGACCGCGCUGUACGGCCUGUCACCAGCGCAACAAGCAAAGCCAGCACCCCGCUGUACAGCUUUGGACACAGCAAGCCAACCACCUACACAGCAGUGCGGAACCUCAGCUUGUCGGGUAACGAUGCAUCGAACCGCCUCCCCCACCGCGCCACCGACAGUCGGGAACUCCCCACCGCACCUGCCACCUCCCGCUUACCUAAACCGGCGCCGCCCAAGCCCAUCUACGCCCCGGACCUCGGACCCAACCUUGACAGCCGCCUGCCGGUGUUCCUCAAUGCCGCCAACGUCCCUCGCCGCCAACACCGCCCCAGCCGGGGGGCACACGCCGGCGCCGCUAGCGCUGCCACCGGCAUCAGCGGCGUGGGCAACAGCCGCGGCGGCACUGCCACUGCCACUGCCGGAAACGUUGGAAGCUCUAACGGUGGAAGCGUUAGCGGCGUGGCGGCGGCCGCAUGGGGCUCCGCACUCCGGGACCACACGUCUAGCACCCUAGCCAGGGUCAACAACUCCAGCCGCCCGCUUCCUCGGGCUGGGGCUCUAGCAGGCGGCAGCUACCUCAGCAGCGGCAGCGGCACUGCGGCCGAGCAGGCCGGCGGUGCUGGGGUGGCGCACGGCAGCAGCAGCGGCACCAGCAUGAGUGAGGGCGCCCUGGCGGCGCACAGCAGCUUGGCCGUAUCCACGGAUCCUGGGGGGAAGCCCCAAGCUGCCAACCAAGGUGUUGCAACCGGCGAGGGCACAGCUGGGGAGGCUGGAGGUCCGGCUGCUGUCGGUGCCAGCGCUGGUACCAAGCGGCCGGCUAGCCGUCCCGCCAGCCCAUGGUUUCGGAGCCAGGGGCCUGCUGGGGCGGAAGCAGGCGGCGACAAUGGAAGAGGAGGAAGUAACGUAGGAGGACCAGGGCGGGAAAGCAGCCUGGAGAAUGGCUGCACGAUUGGUGUUGGCACUGGCAGCGGAGGAGAAGGAGGAACAGCAAAGUUACGGGGCCGAGUCGUGUACGACAUGUUGGGUCAAGCUGACGUACCGGAUGUACGAGCAGUACGACCCAGGUCCGCAGCGGCGGUGAUGGGCCGCAGCCGACGCGGG